AUGCAACGGCUUAGAGGAAACCAGAUGUCAGCGACGGUAUCUGGUUGUCUCUUUGGUUUGCGAGAGUUCUGCCGCGUACCUCUUGGUCUUUGGCGUUUGCACAAACAGAUAAAAAAUGCUUCUUCCUCUUCAAGGAACAGGGGCUUAGUCUCCAAUUCUCUAAUGCAGCCUUAUCAUGAUCAAGCGCUCCGCAGAGAAAAAAUAUCGGCCGCUAUGGGGGGAAAACGAGGGUCUCCUUCAGAGAUCACUGCAAGUUCCCAUCGUUCGACCCUCGAGCAUUCGUCCUUGGCCUACCCAUACGUUGACAUCCUGAAUCUUUUCGGUCUAAUAUGGCUCCUCAACGUUCUGGUGGUUUUUGCCUUGUGGCUGUGCUCCAACGCCUUCUCUUCGAUUUGGCAGAGUGCAAUAGCUCUUCGUGAAUUUUGCAUUAUUUGCAUGUUGUUUGUUGUAGGACAAUGGUUUUGGCGUUUUUUAAUCGUACGGUGCAUAUGUACCUUUGGAACCUGUCUUGUGGGAGGCCUCACCUUCACAUUGACGACGAUAGUCUCCCUCGUGCACAUAAAGAAAAUAUGCGAUGCGAUAGCCACCGUUCGACAGCAGCGUUUCCCAAUAGGCUGUCGGAGUGGUGAGAGUGGGAGCAAGCGUCAAGAAUACUCAGCAUUUCGGAGUCCAAAUGAAACGUACUUUGCCGUUGCAGCCGUCCCCUCCUACGGCGUCGGCAAACAGUUAAUGGACUGUGUCUACUCCAUGGUCUUUUUCCUCAUAUAUCGUGGGCAGUGGAUCCUCCUUACAAUCCUCAUGCCACCUUCCCUUGUCAAGAUCUUCAUUCACUCAGUUACCCUGGGUUUCACCUACGCCUGCUAUGCAUUUGAAUACUAUGCUCGGCAGACAGCAAAUGUCACAGCGGAACUUCUCCUCACGCAAGUUAUUUCCUACUGGCCUGUGUUCGUCGGCUAUGGCUUGCCCUUAGGUGCUUUGGAUGCACUUUGUUCCGUCUCCAUAUGGAGCGAGUUAUUGUUCGCCUUCCUCUAUCCCAUUUUGGUGGUGGGAGCUUUCCAGGUGGCGUGGCACAAGGCACUCGACCCAAAGCAAUAUCGCGUAUCACUGCGUCUACGCUUCCUAGCUGCCCUAUCAAUGAAGCCGGCUCUUUGCACCACCAACAUUCUCAUCGCCUUUUUUGCAUCUCGUCUCAGCUGUCGAUUCACGCCAUCCUAUCGCGGUACUGGCAGGAUCGAC